AAUACGUAACCAUUCACCUGUUGGUGUCAUAUUUUUACAGCAGAUGACCGAACCAACCAUGGUUAUUUUACUCUACCCGGGCGGCUUCAAGUGGCUUGUGUGCGUGCGUGUGUGGAUUGCUACAUCGCUGGGGCGGUACAGUGCUUUUCAAGAGGCUGAACCCGACGGAGGUCCAGCGGCGCAAUGAUUGACUGAGCACAGAGCUUUGCAAUCAACAGGGCUGUGUAGAUCUCUCUCUCUCUCUCUCUCUCUCUCUCUCUCUGCUUGAACAAGACAGUCUCUCACUCCUCGAUACAGCGCUGAGAAUUUCACACCAAAAAGUACAGCGCUCUCGCCCCGGACUUCUGUCUCCAGUCCAGACGCACCGUUGGGAGACAUUUUGUGGACUGACUAGGAAUGUCUUCCAAAACCGACGACAGUGCUUGACACAGAACCUGGAUGAAGGAAAGAAUUUGUCAUAUUUGAAGGAUCCAUUCCAAAACCAGUUUUCUGAUCAGCAUGCAAAUAUAUAUUUUAGCCUGAGAAGUUAGAUUUGCAGUUGGAUGAAAACCAUUAGGACUGCAGCUGCUCCGUGCGCAUAAACUACAAUAAACAACAAUUCAUCAUAACAACUCGCGCUCUAUUAGAAUGAUGAACGUUCAGUGGAGUAACCCGGUCCAAUGCAACCGCAGUGGAACAGUCGGACAGAAACGUGUGGACUCAGAAACAGGUAACGAGCCGGUGUCCAAAUGCGCCAGGCUGAUCGAGUGUAUGGGUGACGUGGGGUUUCUCGAUAGCUCGCCGGGUUCCCCUGUUUCCCCGGUCCUCUUGAGCGGCUCCCCGAACAAUCAAGGUCCGUCUCGGAUAGGCCAAUUUCUGAUCCAACAUAUGGCUGCCAGGGACAGGAUACACAGCGCACUCAACAUUGACACGGGAGACGCGAUGGUGUGCAAGGUGUUUGACAUGGGUCUGUACCAGGAGAAGAUCCGGGCAUACCGCAUCCUGCCGGUCCACAGGAACAUCAGCUGUAUCCGAGACAUUGUCCUGGGAGAGCGUUGGGCAUACGUCUUCCUAGAGAAGGACCACGGGGACAUGCACACCUUCGUUAAGAGCUGCAAGCGUUUGGACGAGGAGCGGGCGGCACAGCUCUUUCACCAGGUGGCGUCGGCCGUGUCACACUGUCACCAGCAUGGCGUCGUAUUAGGAGACCUGAAGCUACGCAAGUUUGUCUUCUCUGACAGGAAAAGGAUCCAUGUGAAGCUGGAAGGCCUGGAGGACUGCAAGGUUCUAGAAGGAGAAGACGACUCCAUGUCAGACACCCACGGCUGCCCAGCCUACGUCAGCCCAGAGAUCCUGAACGGCUCCAGCUCCUACUCCGGGAAGCAGGCGGACGUCUGGUCCCUAGGGGUGAUGCUCUACACUAUGCUGGUGGGACGCUACCCUUUCCACGACCCAGACCGAUCUACCCUCUUCUCCAAGAUCCGGUGGGGCCAGUGCUGCCUUCCCGAGGGCCUCUCUCCCCGGGCCAAGUGUCUGCUGCGCUCCCUGCUGAGGAAAGAACCAUGGGACAGACUGACUGCCGCCGAGGUGCUUAUCCAUCCGUGGUUCCACACCACCACCGCCAACGGACAGGAAACAGGUGUCAGUGAACACACAGUGCCUUCCUGUGAUGUGGAAGAGGAGGAUGAUCUGUUCUGUUGAUCGAUGGGAUGAAUCACUGUGACUCACUCAACCCCUCGAGUGAAACCAAAAAAUAUGUUCAAGAGGGAAUUUUUUCUUUUCUUUUUGUGGCACAUUUGUGAAGGUUAUUUUGGUUGUAUACUUUGCUGUAUGUCAGACACAAGCUUUUGACUCAAACUACUGUUUGUCUAUAUGUUAGAAUAAGGGAGUUGUUAGAAGUACACCACCAUCAUUGUCCAUUAUGUUUGUGUUCACAGAAAGUAGUCAUUUGGUGCUAAAAACCAGCACAUUGUUUAUUAGAGUAGAUUCAAACUUUUUAGGGAUAGACCCCCUUUUAUUUCCUUUUUUUUUCGCCUAAAAUGAGUUUGCCUUUUUUCUCAAAAUGUAAUUUAAGGUGCUUCAGAGCUUUUAAUAUCAUUCUUUAUGUCAUUUAUCUUUGUUUCAUAGUGUAGUUUCUUCUUCUUCUUUUUAUUCAUUUUAGUCACAUGACUUCUUAAUUUGCAGUAUGUUGGCCAAUCGGUUGUGCAGCCAGACAUAUUGGCCAUUCCUUUUGCCUCAUCCCUCUCAACCAUGUUGUAAUUCCUCGCCAAAUCCAACCGUCUGGUUGCUCCUCAUUACACACCACAGACCAGCA